AUUCUUUUCUCAUCUCAAGGUUACCCGCACCCACACGCUUCGAUCGACUUCGCUACCAUCUCCUCAAGUUUCUCUUCCAGAAUUCGAUACCUGCUAGUGCCCGAUGGCCCCGAAGGCGGAGAAGAAGCCCGCUGAGAAGAAGCCGGCGGAGGAGAAGAAGUCGGCGGCGGCCGAGAAGGGACCGGCGGAGAAGAAGCCCAAGGCCGGGAAGAAGCUCCCCAAGGAAGGCGGCGCGGACAGGAAGAAGAGGGUGAAGAAGAGCGUGGAGACGUACAAGAUCUACAUUUUUAAGGUGCUGAAGCAGGUCCACCCGGACAUCGGCAUCUCCAGCAAGGCCAUGGGCAUCAUGAACAGCUUCAUCAACGAUAUAUUCGAGAAGCUCGCUCAGGAGGCCUCCAGGCUCGCGAGGUACAACAAGAAGCCGACGAUAACGUCCCGGGAGAUUCAGACCGCCGUCCGGCUCGUGCUCCCCGGUGAGCUCGCCAAGCACGCCGUCUCCGAGGGAACCAAGGCCGUGACCAAGUUCACAAGCUCUUGAGCGAGGAGAGUAAGUUCCGUGCGAUGGAUCGUCCGGUGGAUUGUGGCGGCGUUUGGUAGAUAGGCUUAAUUUUUAGCUGAUUAGGGUUCCGAAUUUAGUCUGUUUUCUUUUUCUUUUUUAUUUUUUUGCAUUUUUCGUUUUUAUAAAGUGUCAUAUGAAUGGAUCCUGUUGGGAAUGACUCAUGAACUAUUGGUCGAUGAUA